GUCCAGACGGACGCGCAGCAGGUCGCCUCUGAUAAGUUCGUCUUUACUCUGCCGGACUAUGAGAAGGUCAAUCAUGUGGUGGUCUUCAUGCUGGGCACUGUGCCCUUCCCGGUGGGCAUGGGUGGUGCGGUCUACUUCUCUUUCCCUGACCCUGCUGUCGGUCAGGUGUGGCAGCUGCUGGGCUUCAUCACCAAUGACAAACCCAGUGCCAUAUUCAGGAUCUCGGGUCUGAAAGCUGGUGAGGGGGGAGCUCACCCGUUUGGCAUGAUGGCUGUUCCUCAGGCUCCGUCCGUGGCUCAGGUCGGAGUCUCCAUCGAGUCUUUGGAUCUGCUCGCACAACAGACACCAGUCUCUACUUCAGCUGUUUCCACCGUGGACUCCUUCACUCAGUUCACGCAGAAGAUGCUGGAGAGUCUGUACAACUUCACCUCGUCUUUUGCGCUGUCCCAGGCACAGAUGACCCCGAACCCUUCGGAGAUGUUUGUUCCUGCGAGCUCCAUCCUCAAAUGGUAUGAAAACUUCCAGAGGCGAAUGAUGCAGAACCCUAACUUCUGGAAGACGUGACGUACUGCCGUUGGGUUUUUAACAGUUUGAUCCACUACUUUAUGAAGAAGAACUUAUUUCAUUUAAUAUUCAGUUUUAAUUUCGGUGAAGAGUUUCACCUGGUCAAGGAACUUUUCCACAUGAAUAUUGCCUGGCACAGCAUUCAGUUGUUUGCUGAAAAUGUUUUAUAUAACAUGCUGAAGUCCUAGGAAAUAAAAUUUUGUCGCUAAA